ACUCUACUUGCUUUGCAUAUCUGAUUUGUCAUAAUCCUAACUGCAAAACCUAUUCUGCCAUAGCUUUCCAGAAGCCACAGGAGGAGAGACCGAAGAGACGUUUUUGACCAUGAAUGUGUCAGCACCUUUAGCUCUUGGCCUUUUUCUCACCUGCUUUUUGCCUCUAAUAUCAGCAACAGUUGUUUUAGAUUUUAAUCAUGUAGAGAGAUGCAAGGACUCCCUGUACAUGGGGACACCACCACGCGGGUUCACCGACAUCAAGCUGAAGAGGAUCUGCCAACGUUACGCAGACAGACCCCGCUUUGUGACCCUGUACGACCCCCAAAAGCGGAUUCCAGUUUACUCAGCUUAUACCUUCAAGAAAACGGAGGGAGACAGACGUGUGGACUACCCUUGGAUGUAUGAGCCACAGCUGGCAGAAAUCGAUGGGAAUGGAAACAUGCAGCCUUUCCCCACUGGCUACCUCCACAUGAAGUUUGAGGACAGCCAGGCAGUCCUGGACGACUACUCUGAUGUGGUCCUGUAUGAGAGAGGUCACCUGAACCCAGACCAGCACCAGUCCACGCCACACGACCGCGCCGCCACCUACACUCUGACCAACGUGGUCCCAGAGAUACGCGAAUUCAACAUCGGGCCCUGGCGUGAGUACGAGGAGCGGAUCCGGAUCCGCCUCAACAACUUUUGCCGCGGCACGGCCUACAUCGUGACCGGAGUGACCACCAGAGGCAACAUGAUCCGCCGGAACAACCAGGACCGCGUGGCCAUCCCGGAGGACGUGUGGUCCGCCUACUGCUGCACUGAUUACGACCGCAACGCGCCCCACGAUGUGCGCAUCCGCUUCCCGACCUACGGGGUCUUGGCCAAAAACGCCAAAGAGGGCAACAGCGUGCACGAGAUGCCGCUGCAGGAACUCGAGAUCUUUCUGAAAAGUAAUUUGGAUGUUGACCAGAACCUCCAGAUCUUCUAUGACAACUGCAUCUCUCCCUCACCCCUGCCUCUGUACCUCCAGCAUACUAUUUAAAAGUAUACUCUGUGUGCAGAGCCUAGGCAGCUUUCAAGUUAACACUGAUGAUGGAAAACAAUGUGAUGUCAUUUUGGGGGUUAAACAGCUGUUGGUUGCAUGCUUUUUUUUUAAAAAAUGCAUGUUUUCUAACGUUAUCUCUCAUUGUACAGAACAAGAGGGGAAAAUAUUGUAAAACGGAUGUGUGGGAAGCUAUGCAAAUUGGCUCAUUUAAUAAAAUUAUUUGAUCAUUACUUUAUUGUGAUUGUGUUGUUUUUCCAGAUACUUAAGCUUAGAAACAGCCCCCUUUCCGUUUACCCAUGUAAGUUUGAAUGUUUGAUCAGUUUUGGAAAUUGGAUUUGACUUUUACAUUACAUUAAAUUACAUUACAUGUCAUUUAGCUGACGCUUUUGUCCAAAGCGUCUUACAAUAAGUGCAUUCAACCUGAUGGUACUAGACAUAGACCACAGGAAUCAAGUAAGUGACUUCUAUGGCUAUCUGACGGCUUUAGUGUGUUCAAUCAUUUCAGUUCAUCUACUUGUAAUAAAAGUAUUUUGAAUAUAAUAAAAAAAAAUUCAAAGACAGCUGCAUAACUUUUUGCAGACUUCAGAUGAUUUGAGAGCCUUUAUAAGUUUAAAUUGUAUCCAAUAAAGGACAGUGAGAAUAAUGUUUGGGUAUUCAAUGGAACAUCAAAUAUUACUUCUGCGAAUACUGUAGUUUAAAUAUUUAUUUUUUUCCUUUCAUGUGAUGCUGACGACAUAGUCUUUGCGUCACCAACCAUCAUCCCAAAAGGGGUUAAAAAUAUAGGAUGGUUCAUUUGAGUAAGAAGCAGUCAUUUUCUCCUGCAGCAGCAGGCAUUUUCUAUUCAUUAUAGCUGCACACUGCCAUCUAGUGAUGGAGGGAAAAUAUGUCUUGUGAUCACUGCUCAAAGGGAAACCAAUAGAGUAUGAUUAUCUGCAAAGGUAAUUAGGCUGAGCACAAAAGAAAAAUGUUGUGACAUUAACAUAAACAUCAGUCAUCUGAACAAUUGUGCAAUCUAUUCAUGAUGAAACUGCUGAAGUUAUAACAAAGAUGAUUUUGAUUAACACAGUGCACAUCCACCACAAGAUUUAUUAGACAUGGUGAGGUCUAAUAACUGACUCUUUAUUGCAGCAAUAAUUCAACCCAGAUAUUCUAAAUCAAAAGUAAUGAUUUAAUAUUUCAGAAAUAAAAAAAUAUAGAAAAGUUUUUUGGAUGCAUAUAAACAAAUUCAGAUGGGGGCAUUUUAGUAAAAAAAAAAAAAAGGCAGGCAGGGUUUGCUUAUUUAAUUCAAAGUGAUCUAUCUCUAUUGUUUUGCCAAGGUAAUUAUUUGUCGUCUACCUGUGAUAUGUAUAAUGCCAAAGAUGGAAUCAAGGGGGGAAAAGAUCAAUUGAUUAGAGUGCAAACUGACUUUGGAGCAAUAGGAGCAAUGUGGUCUAAAAGUGCUCAUUUGCCGGUGAUAACCCUGAAGUAAAAUAUGUCUGUGGCCAAAGACAGUAUUCAAUUAUUUCCACAUUAGGGCUUGGAUGGAUGGAAAGCCCUGCAUUAGCACAAAUGCUUCAUCCAACAGCACCAGUGCAUCAGUCUGCUCCAGUAUAUUUGCCAUAAUAUUGAUUUAUUGUGUACAGCAGCUGAAUAAACACAGAUCAGAGGGCCGUUCCCUUAAAAAGACUGGCGCAGUUAUUUCAGGGUUUGAAAUUCAAAUCCUCUGGAUCACUUUAAGACCUCAUGGAAUGAAAGUCAGAACUAAGUUUGUGUGAAAUCAUGGGAAGCUGGGCAUUAGGAGGAUAGCUACUUUUCAUUAUGAAUGCUAGUUAUAUGCUAAAAAGCAACAAAUACAGAAAAACAUGAUGUCCUCAAAUCCUUACCCACACUACUACAGAAAUAAAUUACAUGUUUCUCUGUUGUUAGCCACAUCAGUUUCUUCUGUCUAAACAAGGAAAACAAAAAAAACAAUAAUAAUCACUGAUUUAAACACAGUCAGUCAUCAAAUAACUGGAUAUGAGAGGAGUCACUCAUCGUGACAGACCCAACCAACCAAACAACUAAAACUUUUAAACCUCUUUAACAUUUAUGUUCCACAAAUAUAACAUUUCUGUAUGAAUCAGGUUUUCCAUUUUCAAACAUCUCCAGCAUCAGCAGCCAGUAAUUAUGAGCAAAACAAUUCCAAUAUCCCAACUGAAAAUAAUGUAAAAUAAUGUAGUAUCUUGAAAUGACAGAAUCUCAAAAAUAGCAAUAAUCUCUUCGAAAAAUUAAGGGAAACAUUCCCAAAAUAAUGGCUAACCUUUCUCGAAUAUUGACCUAGUAUCUCAAAAUAUUAAUUUAAUAUCUAAAAAUAAUUUUGACUUAGGCCAUCCAGCAUGUUAUUUUUUUCUUUUCAUACAGUGACAGAAAAUGGGCUUCCAUAGAUACCAAAUAGCAACUAAGCUAGCUAAUGUGGAGCAUGUCUAUGCUCCCCGGGUUCUAUGUUCCCCUCUU